CUGCACUAGGUCUGGGGUUAGUUAGACAGGGAGAGAGCCGAGCAGCAGGAGCAACAUCAGCCUUUGUCCUCUUUUAGCGUGUGUACAAAGGACAGAGAAGUAUUCGGAGUUGCACACAGUUUCACACAGAAGGGGGAAAAUGCCAAAAUCGGAAGUGAAAACGUCUCUCCUGGACAACAUGAUAGGGGUUGGGGACAGUGUGCUUUUAGAACCUCUCACUGAAGACACGUUCUUAGAAAAUCUCAAAAAUCGCUUUGACCAUAGUGAAAUAUAUACUUACAUCGGAAGUGUAGUCAUAUCUGUAAACCCCUACAGGCAGUUGCCCGUCUAUACGCCAGAGAAAGUAGAAGAAUAUCGCAACCGAAAUUUCUAUGAGCUCAGUCCUCACAUCUACGCUUUAGCAGAUGAAGCCUACAGAUCUCUACGAGACCAGGACAAGGACCAGUGCAUACUUAUCACUGGAGAAAGUGGAGCCGGCAAAACAGAAUUGGGUGUGCUGAGUUGGGAGACUUCCUGCCUUGGACUACCGGCAAAAAUCUGGCCAAGUGUACCUAGCUCCAGACCACGCUGGGACAGCUGGUCUCAUAAACAAGACCUAGAGGAAAUCCAAUUAACAUGAGCAAUGUG